AACCUGAGGGAAACAUGCACACGGGGAGGAAGAGGCUCUGGACCCUGGGCACUAGCAUCUUCCUAAGGCUUUGGCAGACAUAUGUAUUCCCAGGAAGUACAGGCUGGAUGGACUUCAUCCAACAUUUGGGAGUUUGCUGCUUUGUGGCCUUCCUUGCCGUGAGCCUCCUCUCUGCAGCCUUCUACUGGGUCCUGCCCUCAGUAGCCGUGCUUGCCGCCGUGUGGGCGAGCACCUGUGUUUUCCUGUGCUGUUCCAAGCACGCCCGCUGUUUCCUGCUUCUCGCCUUUCUCUCCUGUGGCCUCCGGGAAGGCAGGAACGCUUUGAUUGCGGCUGGCACAGGGAUGGUGAUCUUGGGACAUGUGGAAAAUAUGUUUUAUAACUUCAGAGGUCUUUUAGACAGUAUGACUUGCAACCUAAGGGCAAAGAGCUUUGCAAUCCAUGUUCCACUUUUGACCAGAUACUGUGAAGCCCUUCAGUGGAUUUAUGGCCUUGCCGCUCCGCCGAAUCUAUUUGAUGACCUCCUUUCUUGGAACCAGACUUUAGUGGUCUCCCUCUUUAGUCCCAGCCGUACCUUCGAGGCUCAUAUGAAUGACACCAAGGGAGAAGUCCUGGGUGCCCUGUCCCAUAUGGUAGUCAUGACAGAGCUAUUGUCUUCCUUGGGCCAGAAGCUUAUCGCCCUGGCCGGGCUUCUCCUUAUCCUUUUCAGCACCGGCCUCUUCAUGAAGCGGUUCCUGGGCCCUUGUGGCCGGAAGUAUGAGAAUGUCUACAUCACUAGGCAAUUCGUUCAGUUUGACGAAAAGCAGAGGCACCAACAGCAGCCCUGUGUCCUCCCUCUGAAUAGGAAGGAACGGAAGAAAUACAUCAUCAUCCCGUCCGUGCGGCUGAGUCCUAAAGAGAGGAAAAACCUGGGGCUCUUUUUCCUUCCCGUCCUGACCCAUCUCUACAUGUGGGUGCUGUUCGCAGCUGUGGAUUUUCUGCUGUUCCGACUCAUUUCCUCCAUGAACAAACAUCUCCAAAGCUUGCCAGGGCUUGAGGCUCACUUGAAACUUCAUAGAGAGAGGCAAGACACGCAAGACGUCAUCCAUGAUUCUUCUUUUAAUAUAUCUAUGUUCGAACCCAGCUGCAUUCCUAAACCAAGGCUUACUGUGUCUGAGACCUGGGUCCCUCUCAGCAUUAUUCUUGCAGCGCUAACAGUACUAGGAUUGUUGUCUUCCAUGCUGAUGCAGCUUAAAAUUCUGGUGUCAGGAGCCUUCUACCCUAGAGUGGAGAGGGAGCGAAUCCGAUACCUCCAUGCAAAGCUCCUUAAGAAAAGAGCAAAGCAGCCACCGGGAGAAGCUGAAAGAAAACUGAGUCUGUACUUUAAAAAGGUCCAUUUCUGGCUUCCAGUCCUGAAACUGAUUAGGAAGAGACAUACGAACACUCCAAACGAAGAUUACCCGUGAGACA